AUGGAGAAUAACAAGCGAGGAGUCGUAGAAGCGAAGGGGAUAAAAUCCCACUACUUCCAAACCCUCGCCAAUUAUGUAUCGAACAACCUUGAACUGCUCCACAACAAUCCAAAAGAAGCUAAUAGCUUCGCUGCUAGUGUCUUCGGAUCGACGGCCCCAAUAGACGAGAAGGACUUGUUGGAUUUGCUUGUCCCCAGCGAUGCCAAUGCCGAUGCUCUUGCGGCUGGAAUGGAUUGUUGCCUCUUGCUAGGCGAGAAAUAUCGCCCACAUUUCGAUGCUGCCGUUCAACAGUUGGCUCGUCUCGGUCGAACUCACGACGUCGCUACUGUCAUUGAUGACGAGAAGAAGUUUACCGCUCUUUCAAAGAAAACCAAGCUCAAGAAGACCGAUGAGGCGAAGAUUCUUCAAUCGUUCUUCAAAAUUCACUCAACAGAAGACGAGGAAAAAUUCGAAGCCAUCAGUGAAUUAUGUCAGCUAGACCUUGACUUCGAUGCUUAUGUUUUCAUCAAAGCGCUCACUUUGGAAAAUGAAGAAAAUCAAGAGCUUGUCGAGACGAUUAAAGACAACCUCGUCGAGGCUUGGAACAAAAGCAACCCACUCUUGGUCAAGCUAUUGUUGGAAGGUGUAAAAGAACAAGACCCAGUUGACAAAUUCACUUAUCUUCUGCUUCAGCCGCUGACUGAAGCUACUCUAUCCGAUGCUGUCAAUUUCAUUGUUGAGAAGUAUAGUGCAGAGCUUCCCGAUGAAGGAGACGCAUCGCUCGUUGUGAGAUCACAGUUGGGAUGUCAGUUCUUUUUCCUUGUGACACGUACGCUUGCUCAUGACCAGCGUGAGCUGGCCAAGUUGGUGCAGACGCUUAUUCCAAGACCGGUUCGACUCGAAGUUUUCCCAGGAUUGCAGCGCAGCGUGUUCAAAAGCUCGGUUUUUCUUGGCCAUCACAUCAUCCAAAUCUUCAUGGGAUCCAAGAAACCUUUCCAAGAUUGGUCAUUUGUGGGACUCGCUCAGGAUUUUGAAUGCCCCUGGAGAAGACUUGCGAUUGCUGAACUUCUGAAGAAGUUCAGUGUAUCAGUGGUGGAGAAGGUUUUCGAUAACCCUGUGGCAUUGAUCCCACAACAUGAAUCUGAUAACGAGACUCUUAUCGAGCUGGUCACGAAUGCUCUCCGCUUUGCUCUAUGGAUUGUCGAGUUUUACGAAACCGAAACCAACGAAAAAUCAAUCAAAGAGCUGGCAUUCUUGGAUCAUUCUUUGAAGACUCUUCUCAUCGAAAGCUUCACAAAGUUUUUGCAAGGAAAGGAUGUGAAAGAUCACAUUAAGCGCAUCAUCGACGCUUUGGAAAAAUCGAGAACUCAAGAGACGAAAGGAAACUUGGAAUACAGCAGAGAAGAAAUAAAGACGAAGAUGCCUAGCAGUUCGAGUGCCAAGGCCCAAGUUCUUCAUGGUCUUAACACCUCUGCGGCAGCAGGACUUAUCGUCCCCUCUCUGAGCCUUCUCGAGAUUCCUGUUGAUGAAGUCGAUUCCACAAGUCAUCUGACGACUUCUAAGGAUAUUGGGCAAGGAGUUUUUGUGAAAGCACAGGAUACUGUAUCUGAAAAACAGAAGGAGGUUCCACUUGUCGCUCAACAAACAGCAUUCCAUCAUGAGCCUCAAACUGCAACACUUCUUCCUCCGUCACCAAAUGAGGACUCGAUGGCUGUUGAAUCCAUUUCAACUGACGGUUGGGAUUCGCCUACCAAAUCGGUCGUGCUGCCACUGGACGAUAUGAUACUUGAAGAGGAAGAGAGAGACGCUCUUAAGCCAGAUUCCGUUAACUCGCACCGUUCUGAAGAGUCCACCCCUGUUCCAGAACAGUUACCACAAGAGACAUCAGAAAGAGUAACCUCUCCGCCGCCAGACGAGCGCUCAAGAACCGCGUGGGGCGAUGGAGAUGCCACCCCAAUGAUUCUCGCAACUCCAACUAAUGAUUACAAAGUCAGUGGAUUUGGAGGAGCUAAAUUGGCUAAGGGAUUCGGAACAAUGGGAAGCACUGGAGGAGGAUUCGGUGGCGGAGGUGGUGGUGGAAGCUACGGAGGCCGUGGUGGAUACGGUGGAGGUGAUCGCGGAGGUCGCGGUGGAGGUUUCGGAGGAGGAGAUCGUGGAGGCCGUGGUGGCUACGGUGGCGGAGAUCGUGGAGGGCGCGGAGGCGGAUACGGCGGAGGCGAUCGUGGCGGCUACGGAGGACAGCGUGGUGGAUAUGUCGCCGGUGGGGACCGUGGAGGACGUGGCGGUUAUCGUGGCGGCGGCGGCAACUUCUAA